GGCAGUUCACCGACGUCACGUAGUGACGUCAUCCCGUAACGCUGGAAGUCUUCUUGUCACCCCGCCCAUCCCGUCUCGCCGUCAAACAUUCUUUGCCUCUCAAACGUCUUGGUCGCACCUUGCCCGCCUCAGAUAUGUCAGACUUCACGGACGAUCAGAUCCAGGAAUUUAAGGAGGCGUUCUUGCUGUUCGACAGAACAGGCGAUGGGAUGAUAUGUUACACUCAGUGUGGGGAUGUUAUGAGGUCCCUUGGACAGAACCCCGUUACGGCUGAUGUCCUCAAGGUUUUGGGGAACCCCAAAGCUGAGGAAAUGAACACAAAAAUGCUUGACUUUGAGAGGUUCCUGCCAAUGCUCCAGACCAUCGCUAAGAACAAAGAUCAGGGCUCCAUGGAAGACUUCGUAGAGGGACUUCGUGUCUUUGACAAGGAAGGCAACGGCACUGUUAUGGGCGCAGAGCUGCGUCAUGUCCUCACCACACUAGGUGAGAAAAUGACAGAGGAAGAAGUGGAGACACUCCUGGCAGGACAUGAAGAUGCAAAUGGCUGCAUCAAUUACGAAGUGUUUGUGCGCCACAUCAUGUCUGGCUGAGGGCCGGUACGGGCAUUGGGUAUACCACGAGAACUGGUCAGGAUGGUCAUGAACGGCUGAAGACCAGGAGAAUCCAUCUUGUUCUCUCUUUACCCUUUCACAUUCCCUCUUUUUGCAAUUGGCUUAGUACAUCCCACACGCUCUUUUCAUGGGUUUGUUUAAAGAUGAGCUAUGACAUCUGCUGAUCACUUAUUGUACAUGACAUGCACUCACACAUUCAGGAGUUUAACGCUUUCCUAGUUAGUAUUCACAUUCCAACAUGCAUCACUUAUCAAAAUUGGCCAAUGAUGCUACUGGUGUGUCAGUUUUGGAUGGGACUUGGGUAUUUAUAUACACUGGUGUUGUAUCUGAUCUACUGUAAGGAUGGCAAAGACUCACUUUCUUCUAAGACCAGUGCCCUUUGAAAUCCUAGCAAAGCAGAACAGUAAGGCUUCCAAAUGUGGGUUGAAUUUCAAAUUUUUCCUGUGUUUUUAAAUCCCCUUCUCUUUUGCAUAUCAAUAAAUGUAUCUCCUGAAAUAUUA